GGGGGAUCUUGCCACUUUAGAGUUGUUGCUUCGCCCGCCGAUGAAGCUACGUGGGCUGCAGAUGCUGCCAGCCAGUGCGGCGAUGGUGAUAGCCCUAUUAGGGCUGCUUGAGCAUGGAAGUGGCGUGGAAGCAGGCGCGGUCACGACCGGCGUGCCACAGAACCCGACGGUUCCUGGUGGGGAAUGCGUGCGCAUGUUCCAUUCCAAGGGCGACGUCGGGUGCUUUAGCUUGGACAAGGACGGGAGCCGCGCGCGCCUUGUCAGUGUCACAUCAGCGGACGCGUUCCAUCACGACAAGUUGAAGGAGAACAGCAUCGUCCUCUUGCCCGACUCACUGUUCUCGACGGAGAACGUGGCCAAGUUGAACGGCGCGUUCAUCAAGGGCUUGCUCGUGUACCCGACGUCCUCGUCAUCUACCUCGUUCAACUACGAGUCCACGCACCCCCAGGGGAAAGGCACGGUGGAUGGCGGGCUCAACCCUGUCUUUGGCGAGUACGCUUGGAACCCAUCCGGGCGUGGUGUCAUGUCGGCGAGCUUGCCGUACCCGGUGGUCGAAGUCGCGAGCGAAGCUAAGGCCGCGGAAUUCCUCGAACUCGCGCGUAAGAACGAACGUGCGCCCGUCGAGUCGACGUUUGGCGUCGUGUACCGAGGUGCGAUGGCGUACUACUUUGGGCCGGCCAAGAUGGAUUCGAUCUCGUGUUUGAGCUUCAAAAAUAUCUACGGCAACCGCAGCCCCAAGUGCCUGCCCGUAGGUGGCCAGAGUUCAUGGGGUGUGAAAGGCGACUUGAGCGUGUCCAAGCCGGUGGUCAUCGCGAUGGCGUCGAUGGACACGAACGCGUUCUCCCACGUGUACGCGCCUGGCGCGAACGCCGGCGCGUCCGGCCUCGUGGCGCUGCUGGCGGCUGCGGACGCCCUCAAGACCAUUCCGAGCUCGGCACUCAAGAAACACAUUGUGUUUGCCGCGUUCCAAGGCGAGUCGUACGGGUUUGUAGGCUCUCGACGGUUCCUCUCGGACAUACAACAAGCCAAACAAACGCCCAAGGGCUGCGCCGCCCCGAUUUUGGCGUCGACGCCGUUCGGAACAUCCCAUUGCGCCAGCCCCAUCCGCUCAAGUCUCGCCUUUGCCGAUCUGUCGCUGGACGCCAUUGACAUCGCCAUCCAAGUCGAUCAAGUCGCGGUGGCGGACAAGGGGUUCUUUAUACACCCAAACAACCCCAAGACCAGCUCGUCCGAGUCCCUCGUGGAUGCCCUAGUCAACGCGCCGUCGGCCAAAGGUCGCGUGCAGCCGUCGACGGCCGCGUCCGCCGUGCCCCCGGGCCCCCUCGUUUCGUUUUUGAACGACCGCGAGUUCGGCAAUGCAUCGCUCGUGUCGGCGGUGCUGUCUGGCUACGACGCGUCAUUUCCGGACAAUUACCACAGCCGAUGGGACACCAACACCUCGGACACCGCCGCCGCCGCCAACAUUGCCCAAGCCGCGCAGGUGCUGGCGGAAGCGUUGUUCGCGUCGUCGGCCGCCGUGCCCGGCUCGGAACUCCUCGCAUCCAUCGCCGUCAACGCCACGCUCGUGAGCUCGUUGUGGACGUGCAUCAGAACGCAGUGGAACUGCCCACUGCUGCAAGCGUACUCCAAGCCGGCGGUGGCGACCAUGAACGAGUAUCUGUCGUUUACGCCGGCGUCGGCCCCGUCGUUUGUCGAGCCUGUAACACUGUAUACGAGCGUGUACUCGGACAACCGGAUGCCGACGAUCCGGCUCAACAAGUCGUAUGUUGUCGCAGAUUUGGCCGACACCAAGUGGGACGACGCGUUCAAAGUCAACUUGUAUCCGAACGCGUACGAGACGUUCACUAGGGCGUUCCUGGCGUCGGCACUGCGAGAUGUGGACCCGCAAGCCAAACCAUGCGUUUCGAACAAAGACUGCACUGAUAACGAGUGUGUGUACCCCGGCGUGUGCACAGCGCGCCGCGCCUACUUUCACGAUGCGCUGUCACCCGGCCUCAAGCGCGAACCGACGGUCGGCUUGUACGAAGUCCUGGACAAGAGCAUGCCGCUGUGGACGGAACCGAAUUGGGUCACGCUCGGCACGUUUGUCUACCCCGACCCGGGCACCACCAUCGGGUAUGUCACAAUUGGCGUCGGCGUCGUGUCGGCGGCCGUGGGGUAUGUGCUGGCCAGUCGCUUCGUCGCUCAUUUCCGCAAGCAAAAGCUGCUAUAAGAGUAUAAUGCAGGGGAGAUCCUUCAGUGGAUUGAUACUAGUACAAGUGAAGAAUAAGUAUAACCGUUGAUAGCCACCAUAAUAGCCGAUCAGUGCAGAAUGAAUGGCUAUGGGGUGUGUAUCCAGAAGAGGGGACAUGUCG